CUACCGGAGGAAGCGCCCGUCCCGACUGCACCCGCCGUACCGGUCGCACCAGCCGACCCGGCCGCGCCGAUAUUUGAUCAAAUCGACGCUCUCGCGCAGCCUGCGCUUCCUGCCAUUGAUGGCACUGAUCAGCCGCCCCUGGACCCCACGCUACUUGCAGCCCUCGGUGAAUCUACCUCCGAUACGCCCGAAUACGGAACAAGUGUUCACGAUAGUCUUGCCAAUUUAUGGUUACCUAUUCUAAAGAAAGGUUUGGCUAAAGAAAAUAAGGAGACACUCCUUAAGGAAUAUUUAAUUCCUAAUAAUUGUAAAUUAUUACAAGCGCCAAAGCUUAACGCCGAGAUCUCGGCCGCUGUAACGGAGGUAGUACGUGGACGUGACAAAAAAUAUGUCGCCGUCCAACAACAACUCGGUCGAGGCAUAGCAGCUGUAAGUCGGGCCAUGGAUGUGCUUUUAAAGAGCGAAAACAAAGUCGAAGCCCUCAAAUAUUUGAGUGACGGAUGCCGCAUACUCUCCGAUGCGCAUAAUUUCAUUACAAGAGACCGAAUUAAAUUAAUUACACCCAGCUUGGAGAAAAAUUUUCUUCACGUGAUUCAAGACGCCGAACGGGAUGAAUCCCUAUUCGGAAAUACCUUAUCUGAAAAGAUUAAGGCCAGUAAGGCUAUAGAGCGUCAAGGUCAACAAAUCAAAAAGACUGUCAGUGCACCAAAGCCUGGCACUUCUAAUUCGACGAACACUCGGGCCUUCAUACCACAGGGAAACUGGUCCGGUCCUCCCCGUUAUUCGUCGAACAGGGGGGGGCGAGGAGGGUAUCGCAGGACGAAUCCGUCGCCGGCGACGCGUCGCCCGUACGUCAACACAGCUGCCUCGACGCGGCAGCCAGCGCCGACCAAGUCGCGAGCGCCAGCUCACCAGUAACCCAGGUACAUGCUGGUCGAUUAGCACAUUUUUACAAUUGUUGGUCUAAGAUCACAAAUAACCCUUCUGUUUUAUCUUGGAUAAAACACGGAUUGGAAAUACCGUUAAGUAAGGCUGUACAUCAGCCUUUGGUACCUAAAAAUGUUUUGACGCCAGAAGAUACAAAAGAAAUGAGUAUAGCAAUUAAUAAAUUAAUUAGCUUAGGAGCCAUAAAAAAAUGCGAUCCUAGAA